UGUAUGUGUGUGAAGCUGCAGCUGCAAUAAAUAUGAAAACCUGUAAAUCCAGUCAUUUGGAUUCAGGAGUAGAAUCGGACAUCCAAUGCAGAAGUGGAGCAGGCUGCGUUGUGAAGUGCAGCACAGAAAGAAUGGAGAGUGCUGCCAAGAGAAGAUUGGCUGCCAAUGCCAGGGAGAGAAGACGGAUGCAAGGGCUGAACACAGCCUUUGAUCGUUUGAGGAAGGUGGUCCCACAGUGGGGUCAGGAUAAGAAGCUCUCCAAAUACGAAACCCUUCAGAUGGCUUUGAGUUACAUCAUGGCUCUAACACGAAUACUUGCUGAAGCAGAGAGAUACAGUACUGAAAGGGAAUGGAUUAACCUUCACUGUGAACACUUUCAUCCAGAGAGCUACCACCAUUAUACGGGACAAAAAGUGGCAACAGACAGUGAUCCUUAUGCACAGCGAAUAUUCAGCUAUCACCCUGAACACUUUCAAAUAGCUAAUUAGAACUUAUUACAAGCUAAAAAUAUGCAGCA